AAAUACGGGGAAGCGGUCGCCAAUCUCAGAACCACGACGAGUCAAGGAAGAAUGCGUACAGAAUAAAAUAAUAUUUAUUGUCAAAUAAGUCCUUUUUAUUUAUGUAAAUAUAUGUUACAGAUUUCCUGUAUGUAUUGUCCUAUUUAACGUUUAAGUGUAGCAUAUUGUUUGUUAAGUUGCAUUCUGUACAGCCGCCGAGAGAGCUACCGCUAUUUUUAGACAAUAGCUAACUAGCUAGCUCAUUGUUAAGGAGUUGACAAUUAGUGCCACUGUUCAUUUUUCCUGCACAACAAAAGGAUUUUUUUUCUUUUAAAAAGAAGAAAAAAAAGAAAUCCAAAGACCUUCAAAAAUUUACGACUCAAGUAGGUUAACUGCGGAGCAUCUCGAGCGAGGAUGAAACAAGCCACAGCCAAAACGGAGAUGAGCCGUUUUAACAUUGCUCCAGAUGACGAAAGUAGCUGUAGUUCAAACAGCAAUGAUUACAGCUAUCAGAAAAAGGCCCCUGAUAGCAGUCAAUAUCAGGAUAUAGAUGCAGAGAGUCAGAAUUUCCUGCCAGAACACCAACUCGGGAAAAAGAAGUAUGAGACUGAAUAUAGUCCAGGUACCGCCUCUUUUGGGAUGUCUGUCUUCAACUUGGGCAAUGCUAUCAUGGGCAGCGGGAUCCUGGGCCUGUCCUAUGCCAUGGCUAACACAGGCAUUGCUCUGUUUGUCAUCCUGCUUGUGGCCGUGUCCAUCUUCUCCCUGUACUCUGUGCACCUGCUGCUAAAAACUGCCAAUGAAGGAGGGUCAUUGGUGUAUGAACAGUUGGGAUAUAAAGCAUUCGGAAUGCCAGGAAAAUUGGCUUGCUCCUGCUCCAUCACCAUGCAAAACAUUGGAGCCAUGUCCAGCUACCUAUUCAUUGUCAAGUAUGAGCUGCCCAUCGUGAUCCAGGCCUUUCUAGGCAUGAAGGACAAUACUGGAGCGUGGUAUCUGAAUGGAGACUACCUUGUACUGCUGGUCUCUCUGGUGAUCAUCUUGCCAUUGUCGCUGUUGCGCAACCUGGGUUACUUGGGUUACACCAGCGGCUUCUCUCUGCUGUGCAUGGUGUUCUUCCUGAUAGUGGUUAUAUGCAAGAAGUUCCAGAUUCCCUGCCCCCUUUCAGGAGAUCACGAUACACUGAACAUCACCCUGAACAACACUGGAUAUAAUCAGAGCACCAGCAUUCUUGACAGGCUGCCAAACACCACGACCCAUGAUACCGAGGAUGUGUGCCGCCCCAAGUACUUUGUCUUCAACUCCCAGACCGUGUAUGCUGUGCCCAUUCUCACAUUCGCAUUUGUGUGCCAUCCAGCAAUCCUGCCAAUGUAUGAGGAACUGAAGGAUCGCUCCCGCAGGCGGAUGCAGGGUGUGGCCAAUGUUUCUUUCCUGGCUAUGUUCAUCAUGUACCUUCUGGCAGCCCUCUUUGGCUACCUGACCUUCAAUGAGCAUGUGGAACCUGAACUGCUUCACACCUAUUCCAAAGUAUAUAAGUUUGAUGCAGUCCUCCUCGUGGUGCGCCUGGCAGUUCUGACUGCGGUCACCCUGACAGUCCCUGUGGUUCUCUUCCCGAUACGCACGUCGGUGAACCAGCUCCUCUGUGCCUCCAAAGAAUUCAGCUGGGUCCGCCACUCACUCAUCACCCUCCUGCUGCUGGGGGCAACCAAUGCUCUGGUCAUCUUUGUGCCCACCAUCCGUGAUAUCUUCGGAUUCAUUGGUGCCUCUGCUGCUGCCAUGCUGAUCUUCAUCCUUCCCUCCGCCUUCUACAUCAAACUUGUCCAGAAGGAGUCCAUGAAAUCAGUCCAAAAGAUUGGGGCCACCAUCUUCUUGUGCAGUGGAUUUUUGGUCAUGAUUGGCAGCAUGUCCCUGAUUAUCCUUGACUGGAUCGUCAAUGCUUCUGCAUCUGGAAAUGGCCACUAGUUUCAGGGGAUCCGCAACCUCACCCCCCUAGCUGUUCUCCUUGAGUAGAGCUGGGAAUCCUUGAAAUGGAUAACCUGGGUCAGAAAGAUGCGUUUCAUUGCUGAAGACCAUGAUCUACAGCUGCACUGGGCAGAGAUGUGUGUGUGUGUAUAUGUGUAUAUAUAUACAUAUCUCUGCCCUGUGUGUCUUGCCUACAUGUGUGUGUGUGUGUGUGUGUGUGUGUGUGUGUGUGCACUUGCCAACAUCCAUGCAUGCAUACAGUACCAUGCAAAAGUCUUGGGCAAAUGACAAAAAAAAGUUGCUGUCAAAAGUAAUUAUGUCAACCAUUUUAAAUAUCGGAAAAUGUAUUAUAAAGAGCAGUGAAGUUAAAAAUCAAAUCAGUAUUUAUUCUGACCACCCUUCACCUUUUAAAACUGCAUAAAUGCUUUUGGGUACACUGCAGUUUUAUAAGAAUCUGCUGGUAGGUGGUACCAAAUAUUAUUCUGCAGACUUUGCCUGUCUCACUUGCUUCUGGCUAUGCUGGUAAUCCCAGACAACCUUAAUCAAGUUUUUAUCUCAAAGGUGGUCUGUUUCUUAAUAUUUUACUUUAACGAAAUGCAAAAAUGUCACUAACAUUUAAUUUUUUGGAAAAUCUCAAAUAUCCUCUUGUACUGGCACUAAUGCAGAAAACAAACAAAAAAAGAUAAAAAUAUCAAGACCAAAUUUAUAUUGAAAGUAUAAUCUAGGCUGCCUCUGACAUUUGCACAGUAUGUGCAUGCAUACAUAUAGUGCAGCCCUUAAGUAUUUGGACAGUAUCUGUUCUUUUGGUUUACUCCAGCAUGUCGGAUUUGAAAUCAAAUCUGAUGUUAAUGUGCCAACUGUCACCUUUUAAUGUGAGGGUAUUUAUAUCCAUGUUGGGUGAUCUGUGUAGGCAUUGCAUAUCAACCCCCCCCUCCCCCCCCCCCUUCAUUUCAGUUAACUUUGCCGUUACUGAUUAUUCAGGUGUAUUCAAUCGCAUCGUUGGUGCAGCUAUAAGAAAGCAUCUUGUCUUGAUUUAGGCUUUUAAUUGCCGUUGGACUCUGUUGGCGUUUGUCAACAUGAGGACCAUACUUAUUGUGCCAAUGACAGUCAAGGAAGCUAUUAUGAGGCUGAGAACAGUCUGAGCCAAACAAUAGGCAUAUCAUUUAGAAAAACGAGAACAUGAUGAAUGAGCUCCAUAAUGGCAAACUGGCUAGUAGGCCAAGGAAGACAUCUACAGUUGAUGACCAGAUGAUUCUUGCCAUAAUGAAGAAAAAAAACCCAAACCACCUGUCCAACAGAUCAGAAACACUCUCCAGGAAGCAGGAGUGGAUGUGCCAGUGACUAAGCUCUGCAGAGCACUUAAUAAACAGAAGCUACUCUGCGAGAUGCACCAGUUAGCCAUCCUGCUUUUACAGUGAAGUAGUACCUAAAAGAGCCUGCAGAGUUCUAUAAAAAGGUCUUGUGGACGGUUUGACUUGUAUCAGAGUGAUGGCAAAAGCCAAAAGGAUAAAUGGAACUGCUCAAGAUGUUAUAGUUUGGGCCUGUAUGGCUGCCACAGAUGCUGGCUCACUUGCCUUCAAUGAUGAUAUACAUGUUGUUGGCAGCAGCAGCAGCAGAAUUAAUUCUGAAGUGUAGAGAAGCAUCAUAUCUGCUCAUGUUCAAUCAAAUGUCUCCAGACUUUUGGACGGUGCUUCAGCCCACAGCAAGUCAAUGAUCCCAAACAUAGACCAGUGCUCUCUUCUUAACAAUGUCCAACAAUGUUGUUUCUCUAAGCCUAAUGUCUGGACUGUCUUAUUUCUCAGCCUCAUAUAAUGGGUGGAUUAUGUAUAAAAAUGGAUGGAAUUCCUACACUGAUCACCCAAUAUGAAUCUAAAUGCCAAAUCCAAUGUUCUGGAGUACAGAACCAAAAAAGAAAUUGUACCACUCUCCAAAUACUUUAGGACUGCACUGUACACACACACACAAUUUCCCAGAGAAUGUUAUGAACUGUGUACAGUAUGCUUGUAGGCUGCAGAAUUGGCAGGCUUUUAAAAAAAAAAAGGCAGGCUUUUUUUGUUUUCGUUUCGGUACAGUGUACAUUUUUUACUGUAAGUAAGGACAUGAGUCUCGGUUUAAACACAGAAGAUAAUGGAUUUCUCCUCUGGGCACUGAAGGCUACAGCUAUACAGGUGGUACAGCAUCAAUCACCUGGAGCUGGGGUUGGUGUGGAGCGCUUCAAGGUCAGAAGGACAUUUGCUGCAAUGAAACGGUUUUGCCAUGUGGUACCUAAUUUGCGGUUUACUUUGCAAACAAACAUUUGUAACUGGUGCUUUUACUUUUAAAGCACUUUACUGUUCUGCUCAUUCUUCUCUAGACAUUGCUGUCUGUUUUUUUGAUGAAGUUUUUAGAAAGUUUAGCAAGAUUUACCAUCAGGCUGUUUAGAAUUUCCUGGCAGACACAACAGUUUUAUUUAUGAAACUUGAAAAGAAUAAUUCCAUACAAACUUGAAUUGCUUGUCUCCGACAUGGCAGUGGCAAAGCUGCAGCUUUAAGCACAGAAGCAUUUACCAUCAAGCAGACUACCCUACAGGGGGAGCUCUAGUCAUCAAAUACACUUCUGUAUUCUAUGUUCCUUGGCAGUACCAUUCAGUGACAGUGUUAAAACAUUUAAGUGCAAAGACCAAACGUAACCAAAGCAGGUUCACAGACCAGACUGCUGGGGCAGGUACGUGUCCUAAUUGUUUUCAUUACAGCUUGACACAAAACCCCAACUUGAACUCUAAUUCAGAAGAUGAUUAGAGUCAAAGAAUUUUACACUGCUAACUUGCAACCCAUGCAGGACCAUUACACACUUGCUAUGUAAUCCACGGUAUCUCUUCCGCUGCAAAUUUCACCCAGCCACACUAACUAUGACUGUCCAGGUAUUUAUGGAAAAAGAAUUCAAUGUAAUUUAAUCUAUUUUACUAUAUUUAUAUAUUGUAUAUAUGUAUAUAUCUGCUGAACUGUAUAUAAGCUUUAUUUUUGUUUUAUCUUUUUCAAAGAUGUGUUGGAGCUGUGUAAAUGAUUGGUAAGUUUCACUUAUGUACUUGCCAUGCGAGUUCCCCCACCAGCUUUUUUUAACUGUAUAAAAAUCCAUUCCUCAUUGCACUUACUCUUUCAGAAGGAUCAUUACACCAGUGUACGGGAAGAAGAGCAACCACCCCUGUUUGAUUUCCAGUUUUCAGUGAUUUGCGUUGACUGUAGAAUUGGUGUGUGUGUCCUGCUUCUCUGUAUACAGUAUUAAAUGAUGUAUGCAAACUGUGAAAGAGUUGGAGAGUGUAUGUGCUAGUUGGUCACCCUUGGGCAAAGAGGGAGCAUUCCUAUCCGUGCUACACUCUUGUUUCAAUGAAACAUGUAUAUCAUGUAAUUAUUGUCAGAAUAAAGCUACAGGUAUCCCCUUA